AUGCCACCUCCGCGCAACCAUCAAACCCACCGCCGCCUCACCAAGCGCCACACCCCUCACCCACCCCCAGGGAUCGAGGAGCACCCCAACACAGGCCCCAAACUCGACCACCUCCCUCCUCCCUCCCCAAAACUCAACCGCCUCCCCUUCACCGACCCCGUAGGCGCCAUCCUCGGCCCAGACUCCCUCCCCACCCCAAACGACAGCGACCUCCCCAGCCUCCUCGCCGACCACAGCAACCUCGUCAUCACCAACCCCCCAAUCCUCGCCCGCGAUGACACCAACGACACCAAUACCAACACAGGCACGAGCCUAAGUUCCAACAAGCUCAUCAUCGCCAUCGGCGUGACGUCGCUCGUCGUGGCGGCGUGCCUGGCGCUGGGCAUCUUCUGCUGCGUGCGGAAGUGCCGCAACAAGAAGAAGCGGCGGCAGCAGUACUACUGGGGGAAUAUGGAUCGGCAUCUUGGUGGGAAGGGGAGGCGCUGA